AUGGCCAGAGAUAUAGGCUGGGCGAAAAAUGAGCUUCUCAAAGAAGAACAAAAGCUCUCCAAAUUUUCAAUCGAAAAAAAUUUGGAAGUCGAUCUAGCCGUGUGUCAUGCUCUUGAUAUACGUUUUCCUUUCAAUUCGAAAAAUCUCGGAAAUUUCCAAGAGAAAAAUACGGUGUACAAUAGUGAGACUAUUUUCCGGUUCGGACAUGAGCAGUCUGUCCGUAGGAAGAGACGUAGUUUUUGCUCUAAUCUACAAGUUGCUGUAACAUAUACAGGGAGUAGGAUAAGAAACAUGGUCACUGACCAUCUAACAAAUACUAUUUAUGAGAUUUCAGAUUACUUUACGCCUAAUCCAAUCAACUGCUUUAAAAAUAACAAGUUCUUACCUAUUUCAGCUACCUAUAUCUCUUUUUAUAAUAAAUUUGUACAAUACAAUUCUUCAACAAAUGCACAGCUUUAUAUUGGAACUUUACGGUUUUUAUUUAUCAAAAUAAUAGAAGUUAAACAUGAAGAAAACGCUUUAUUCAUCUCUGUAGAAUACUCAGUUGCCAUCCAGAGAGCAUUGUAUCAGUUUCUAGAUACAAAUCUAGAUGACCAAGAAGUGGCUACUUUAGCAGCACCUAAUCAUUCUACUCAUAUUGCUUCGACUCGUACCGGUUCCAGUUCACCUAAUCAUAUAACAUUUUCAGUACCUCCUCUGACACACCUAUGA